CCACACAAGACACUGAGUUAUCCAUCCACGGUCCAGUAUAAUCCCAAGCUAAAGCCGGCACCGAGCUAGCUAGUCACUCACCGUUCACCGAUCGACCGGCAGCAGCGCAGAUGGACAUGGGCAGCGAGCAAUGGAGCUCCCCGUCGACGUCGGCGUCCUCGCGCGACCAGCACGCGGCGGCGCCGCCGAAGCGCCCCGCGGGGCGCACCAAGUUCAAGGAGACGCGCCACCCGGUGUACCGAGGCGUGCGGCGCCGGGGCGGAGCCGGCCGCUGGGUCUGCGAGGUGCGCGUCCCCGGCAGGCGCGGGUGCAGGCUCUGGCUCGGGACCUACGUCAUCGCCGAGUCCGCCGCGCGCGCGCACGACGCCGCCAUGCUCGCGCUGGGCGGCCGCUCCGCCGCGUGCCUCAACUUCGCGGACUCCGCGUGGCUGCUCGCAGUCGCAGUUCCGUCGGCGCUCGCCGACCUGGCCGACGUCCGGCGCGCGGCGCUCGCCGCCGUCGCGGGCUUCCAGCGCCAGGAGGCCGCCAGCGGCGCCGCGACCGUUCCCGUGGACGAGGUGUUCGACACCUCCAGCGCGGAUGACGCCGGCUCCUGGUCGUGGGCGACGCCGCAGCCCAGUUGUGCGGCUGCGGACGGGGUGUUCGAGGUGCCGGCGGCAGCACUGGCCAGCGACAUGUUCGACUUCGAGUUCGACGUGUCCUGGGUGAUGGACCUGGGCUCGCCGGCGGCGUCGCAGCCUGGCUGUGCGGACAAAGUGUUGGAGGUGCAGGCGGCCGCACUGGGCGGCGGCGACAUGUUCGAGUUCGACUUGGAGCUGGACAUGUCCGGGGAAAUGGACCUGGUGGGCUCCUACUACGCGGAUUUCGCGGAGGGGCUGCUCCUCGAGCCUCCGCAACCGGCCGAUGCCACGGAGGCGCGCUGGCGGAACGGGGACUACUGCGGCGGCGACGGCGGAGGUGACGCCGCGCUCUGGAGUCAGUAGUGAAAGAAAUUGCCCUGGUUUGAGUUUCUCUGUCUAGUGGCCACACGAGCUGACGCGGCGCUCCGUGCCGCCUCCUUCCUAAAUAAGUAGUAAAUCCUAUGGCCAACAGGGCAAAGAUGCACGGUGUGUGUGACAUGCCAUGUUGGCCUUUUGGCAUUGACGUGUCACCCUAGAUAUUUGGGUCCGUGCCACUUAAAUAUUUGUGGAACAGAACA